ACUCGGCUUGCUGCCCUUGCACAGAACUGUCUGUCUCUCUCUCUCACGUCCACUCUGUAGCAACUAGGAGGAAGAAAUCAUCUCCUUCUCUCUUUCCUUUAGCGGCAAAGAAAGAGAAAGACAGACGGAGAGACAUGCUGUCUAGAGUGAACGGGGUGGUGUGGAUGGAGGAAGAAGGGGAGGACGAUGACGCCGUCUCCUGGUCCAGAGACGCUGUGGAGGGCAAAGACGAGCUCACUGGCCUCCCCUCCUUCAAGUCUCUUCUCGACGAAGAGUGGUACCUCCAAAGCAUCGCAGCUGCCGCCGCCACCACUACCACCACCGACCGUCACCAUGACGGCUAUGGAGUCAAGGACCUUGCCGGUCUCGUCCCGUCGUCGAACCCGCACGACCACACAACCCUCCUUCAUCCGGUUGAUUCCUCCUCCUCCUGCUCCCCCUCGUCCGUCUUCAGCCUCGACCCAUCCUUCCUCCCCCAGAAGCCUUGCCUCUCCUCCCUCCUCAACGGCGUUUGCUCCAAUCCUUUCGAUGCUGGCGGCGGCCUCGAUAUUGACUGCGACGCCGGCUUCCUCGCCUCCUUCCAGGGAAACCCCAACCACAGUCUUGCUGCCGAUGCCGGCGAUCACCCAGUUCCUGUAAUCUCGGGCACCGGGUUCGGCGCAUUGAGCUCGCAUACCCAAAUGGGCGCCUCCAAUUUUAGCCCUACCGGCCAUUUGGCUCGGAUUCUGCCGAUCUGCGAGAACCAGAACUUUGGUUCCUUGAAUUUCAGUAUGGAUGGGGGAGUGGAGAACGGGGCUUUCAUGAAUCGGACCAAAAUUUUGAGGCCGCUAGAGAUUUUUCCGCCCGUCGGAGCUCAGCCCACCCUGUUUCAAAAAAGGGCAGCGCUUCGGCAGAAUUCGGCUGCGGGAGGGGGGUUUGGUGGUGGAUUGGCUGUUGUUGAUGCGGACGGGCGAGGAGGCGAGGGGCGGUUGGCAGAAGAGGAGAGGAGGAUGACCAAUGAGGAUGAGUUUGAUGACGCGAGCGUGGAAGGGUCGGCCUUGCAGUAUGAUUCGGAUGAGGUAGCUGACAACAAGGCAGAGGAGGCUGCUACGGCGGAGGCGGGCGGAGGGGGAGGAUUGGGGGUGACCGCGGAUAUGAGGAGCGGAAGCAAUUUGAGUUCGGGCGUGCCGGCAGGUGGCGCCGGAGAUCACAAGGGGAAGAAGAAAGGGUUGCCGGCUAAGAACCUGAUGGCGGAGAGGAGGAGAAGGAAGAAGCUCAACGACAGGCUCUACAUGCUCAGAUCAGUGGUCCCUAAGAUCAGCAAAAUGGAUAGAGCUUCGAUCCUUGGUGAUGCUAUAGAAUAUUUGAAGGAGCUUCUCCAAAGAAUCAAUGAUCUUCACAAUGAACUCGAGUCUACUCCUAAUUCUUCUGUGGCUACUACCCCAAGCUUCCAUCCACUGACACCCACGCCACCGACAUUGCCAUGCCGCGUGAAGGAGGAGCUUUGUCCAAGCUCGCUACCCAGCCCUAACAGUCAGCCAGCAAGAGUUGAAGUAAGAGUACGAGAAGGGAGGGCUGUUAACAUUCACAUGUUCUGCGGGAGAAGACCGGGUUUGUUGCUGUCCAUUAUGAGGGCAUUGGAUGGGCUCGGCCUUGAUGUUCAACAGGCAGUCAUUAGCUGUUUCAAUGGCUUCGCCUUGGAUGUCUUCCGUGCUGAACAAUGCAAAGACGGGCCAGACGUUCUUCCGGAAGAGAUCAAAGCAGUGCUUCUGCACUCUGCGGGGUUUCAUGCUGCCAUGUAGGAAGAAGACGCACAGAAAUGGCGUAUUCAAUCUCUGUAAAUCUGGUCGCCAACCAAGCCAGUGUGGUCGUAAUGGUGCCCAAGUCUUUGUUGGGGUGGGUUGUAAAAGGGAGCAUUUCUCUUUUACGUGCUUGGGGGAAUUCAAUCGAACGCUUUGUCAUCUGCCAUCUUGGCUUGAAUAAAGAGUUCCUGUUUUCUGAGCUAA